AUGGAAAUGGAGCUCGAGGCACCAAACCUGGUCUCCUGGUCUGCCAACGAACUCCUGGACCUCUUGGAAACGCACAACGUUCCGGUAGCUGAAGGCGCGUCAAAAGAUCUCCUCCAGCUCGCCACCUCCUUGCCGGUGAAUCUACGAACACCCACCGCCGGAGCCCCGACCACCAGCUCUUCAGUAGCCGACCCGACGGCUUCUCAAGGAGAGGAAGCGCAAGUCGGUAUCUGCUCCAGCCCCAGCCCCAGCCAAGCGUGCGAGGAAGUCAGCUCCCCCUCCAACGAUCGCGAUCGCCAGCCCAGCGGCCGCAUCCAGCAACCACUCCCAGCCAGAGUCGAGGCCUGCGAGAGCUCCCAGCUCAGACCCGGAAGGGAUCCAGCCUCGUUUCCAGCCCUGGUCGAAAACCACCCAUCCACACCGAUCAACGUCCCUCUCCUGGCCCACUACCACGACCCUUCCUUCGUGGAUUACCUGAUCACGGGGCUAUCCCAGGGGUUCCGGGUCGGGGUCGUGUCUCGCCCUUCCUCCUCUUACGUAGCAAAACUGCGCUCAGCCCUAUCCGAACCUGAAGUGGUCUCCAACCUAUUGAGCAAGGAAUUAAAUAAAGGAUACAUAAUCGGCCCAUUCAAGUCUCCUCCUUUCUCUCUUUUCAGAGUUAAUUCCCUCGGGGUCGCUACCCGCCGUUAUUCCGGAAAGAAGCGCUUGAUUUUUGACAUGUCGUCUCCUCACUCCGACGCAGUGGCUAGCAUCAACGAAUGCAUCCCCCUGGUCCCAUUUUCGCUUUAUUACGCAUCAGUUGACAAUGCUAUCCAAAUGAUCAAAACGGCGGGUCACGGCGCAUGGCUGGCAAAGGCUGACAUCACCGACGCCUUCAAAACAAUGCCAAUCCACCCCGCGGAUUGGCCGCUGUUCGGGGUUCGCUGGCAGUCCAAAUUUUACUUUGCAGUUCGUCUAACCUUCGGGUGUAGGAGUAGCCCGCACAUCUUUAACUGCCUCUCCGAGGCUUUGUGCUGGAUACUCCUCAACGUUUACAAGGUGCCCUUUCUGCUGCACCUACUAGAUGAUUUCCUGCUGGUCGACUUCCCCUCUCGUAGUCAGACCAACGUCUUGGAUACCCUUAAAGGGGUAUUCAACGACCUAGGAGUGCCGCUAUCGGCAGAGAAAACCGUUGGCCCCUCCACUACUGUCGAAUUUUUGGGCAUCAUCCUAGAUACCGAAAAAAUGCAAGCAUCCCUACCACUCGAAAAACUUGAGCGUAUUCGAACAGUCAUCGUCACUUUUCUCGGCUCUCAGUCAGUCUCAAAACGCGAAGUGCUUUCCCUUCUGGGACACCUACAUUUUGCAAUGCGUAUCAUCCCGCAAGGUCGUUCCUUUAUAUCUCGCCUGCUGUCUCUGGCACACUCCGUACCUAACCUGAGCGAUGACGUACAUUUCGAUGACGGGGCCAGAUCCGACCUGGGCUUCUGGUCCAGGCUAUUGCAAUCCUGGAACGGUAUUUCUUUUUUUUAUCACGACAUGUCCGAGUCAUCUACCUCCCUCGCGCUCUUUACCGACGCUGCCCCGUCUGUUGGCUUCGGGGGGUACUUUCAGGGGCAAUGGAUUGCGGACGCACGGCCAGCUGAGUUCCGAACCCUUGCCUCUGGGAGUGCGUCGAUCGCCCUAUUCGAAAUGUACCCGAUCGUCGCAGCCAGCGUUCUGUGGGGAAAAGCGUGGUCCCGCAGGCGCAUAACUAUGCACUGCGACAACGAGGCGGUGGUAGCAAUAAUUAAUAAGGGACGUUCCUCCUGCCCCUUGAUCAUGCCUCUGCUACGGCGCUUAACUUGGCAGUCCGUGCUGUUUAAUUUCAUUGUAACCGCUGAACACAUUCCUGGCUUGUGUAAUGUUGUUGCUGACUCUCUUUCUCGUUUCCGUUUCCAGGAAUUCAGACGCCUAUGCCCAUCCGCGCGCCGGGACCCAAUGCCGUGCCCACCGCUUCAGGAUUUGGUCCUGGACUGAGCGAGUUACCCUCUACCAUGCGC